UAUUCAAGAAAUUAACUUCUUUCUCAUUUUCUUGUACACAAAAAUGCUAGGCAAGAAGUUUGGUUCAAUGAAGAAAUUAGCCAAAAAGGCUAAGGUUAUUAGAUCACCUAGUGAUAAUUCUAUUCACCAUGAUCAAUCACAACAUCUUGAAUAUUUACUUGUUAAGGAUGAUCAAGAUCAAGAUUAUCAAGGGGUUAGUCCAACAAGUGCUAAAUCAUCAAAAAAGAUGGGGACAUUUGCAGUGUAUGUAGGGGAAGAAAGAGAACGAUUCGCGGUGCCAACGAGCUAUCUUUCACAUCCAUUGUUCAAGAUUUUGUUAGAGAAGACAUAUAAUGAGUUUGGUUUUGAGCAAACAAAUGGACUUGUGGUGCCAUGUAGUGUUGCUGCAUUUCAAGAAGUGGUCAAUGCUGUGGAGUGUUGCAAUGGGAAGUUUGAUUUUGGUGGCUUGGUUGAGGAAUUUCUAUAAUUAGGUCGAUAUUAUUCAGGG